UCGUGCACCGCCCACCGCGUCGCGCCGCGCCGCGCCGUGGCGUGGCGUGGCGUGGCGCGGCCACAGCGCGCGCGCACACGCACGCAUCGUCGCAUCCGCGUUUUUAGCCCCCCCACACCUCGCCACCAGUUCGCCACCCUCUCUCUCUCUUCUCCACCACCACCUCCAUCUCGCAGUCGCAGUGCCAGCUAAGGCCUUGUACAGGGCUUCGCUCCCCACACGUUUUCUUCUCCCCCUCCACAUCUCCCCUCUCGCCGCCGCCGCCGCCGCAUUCCGUUCAGGGACUUCUCCGCCGGCGCCAUGGCUGCCGCUGCAAGGUUCUUGGCGGUCUUGCUCCUCGUUCUUGCUGUCGCGGCGGCGUCUUCCGCGGCGGCGUCGUUGGCUGGCGGCGGCGACCGCCACCUGCAGCUGGGGAUGCUGUCCACCGGCGGCGAGUGCCGGGGCACGGUGGGGGAGUGCCUUGAGGGGGGAGACGUCGACGGCGAGGAGGGGGAGCUCGGGUCGGCGUCCGGCGAGGCGCACCGCCGCGUGCUCGCCGGGAGAGGGUACAUCAGCUACCAGUCGCUGCGCCGCGACAGCGUGCCGUGCUCUCGCCGCGGCGCCAGCUACUACAACUGUCGCCCCGGCGCCUCCGCCAACCCCUACCACCGCGGCUGCUCCCGCAUCACCCGCUGCCGCGGCUGAUCUCCUCCUCCUCCUCCUCCUCCUCCUGCGCCGCCGCCGCUGGAUCCGCCGGAGAAGAUGGCAUCGUCGUCGCCAGGUUAAAAUACAAAAAAAAAGAGAGGAAAAAACAAAAUAAUCGAGCUGUUGUUCUUGUGUUCUUGCAGUGCCACUACUCCUACCUCUACUAUUUAUUACUAUUAGCUACUACUAUUAAUUAAUAUAUUCCUUUGUUUGAUUUGCUGCUGCUAAUGAUGCUGCUGUUGUAUUUGGGAUCUUAUUGUUUGUGCUUUGUAAAGUAAGAGAGAUUUGUGCCCCACUAUGGCUGGCUUAAUUAUCAAGAGAUAUAUAUUCUUUCUUAUUCUUUUUUUGAA